UGAUGUGACUACAAUACAUAUUAUUUAUAAUAUGAUGACACUAUAGGCAACAUUUUAUUUAGAUCUCUCAUGAUGACAAUUGGAGCUUCUAUUUAUUUGCACAGAGGGAACCAACUUCAGGAAGAAGGUGACUUAUCUAUUGCAGUAAUGUAAGGGACAUUCUCACUCAAUAAUAAAGUUAACCAGCUUUGGUAAAAUGCGAUCUGUUUUAUGGUUGUACUGUCGGGUCAAAGUCUUGCCAGUGAGCAUCAGAGUGUGGCUGCAUGUCAAACCUCAGUAAAAUAGUUUGGAGCAUCCAGGCAACACAUCUCUUUUCUAUGGCUGGGACACUGCGACUCCCAUGGCUGUUCAUCAUACUAUUUUUCCUUCUGGUGAGACUACAUGGAGAGCUGAGGGACACGGCACCAAGACAAAACAAGAGGAAUGUCAGCAGUGACCAGCCUCGUAUGCUGUCAGAUAAUGGUCACCUUGUCUUCACAACUGGUGACAAUAAAGAGAUCCGCUUCCAGACGUCAGCAUCAGGCCGGGUUAAAGUGGACAAUGAAGACCUCACCCAACUUUUGAGUCAGGCAAAAUUCCAGUGCAUUUGUGAGCACGGCUGGGAGGCUCCAGCUGGGAACUCGGCCUGUGUGGCUGAUGUUAAUGAGUGCAACCUACCUAACAAACCUUGUUCAACCAACCCUGCUGUUUCCUGCUACAACACUCAGGGUUCCUUCUACUGUGGAGCCUGUCCUGUUGGUUGGCAAGGCAAUGGCUACAGUUGUCAGGAUGUGGACGAAUGUUUGACCAAUAAUGGAGGCUGCUCCACUGCUCCCAUGGUGCAAUGCCUGAACACCAUGGGCUCUUUCCAAUGUGGUCCCUGCCCUCCAGGUUAUGAGGGGAAUGGGAGAACAUGCACUCAGACCAAUAUCUGUGCUACCAACAAUGGAGGCUGCUACCCAUUUGCUACAUGCUCCUCAAGUCCAGGGGCAAACCUUCCUAUAUGUACCUGCCCUUCAGGCUUUAUAGGCAAUGGUUAUGGACCAACUGGUUGCAGCCAGAUCGGCAACAUCUGUCAGUCUAACAAUCCCUGUGUCAAUGGACAGUGUGUGGCCACCACCUUGACUCCUGGUUACAUCUGCAAUUGCAACUCUGGCUGGCAAGGAAUAAACUGUGACCAGAAUAUCAAUGUUUGCUUGAGCAACCCCUGUCAGAAUGGAGGAACCUGCACCUAUGGCAUUAAUGGAUUCAUGUGUACAUGCACUGCCCACUGGACUGGGCAACUGUGCCAGACCCCACAGCAAGAGUGUGGAGGUUAUCUGAGUGGCCCUGCUGGUUCCUUCAGUUAUCCCAACACCCCAGGUCAUGAGGAAUACAGUCACCAGGUCAGCUGUGCCUGGGUGAUCCGCAUUGACCCAAACAAGAUUCUGCGUACUACAUUUCCCUUCUUUAAUCUGGAGAGUAGCACCAACUGCAACUUUGACUUCCUUCAGAUCCAUGAUGGGGACAGCGCCUCUGCUCACAUAAUCGGAAAAUACUGUGGCCAAAAUAACCCACAGGAGCUCUACAGCUCCCACAAUUCCCUGUAUUUCUGGUUUCGCUCAGACCACUCUGUCAGUGGUGGUGGCUUCACAGUUGCUUGGCAGUCUCAGGACCCAGUUUGUGGAGGUGAACUUACUGCCUCCUAUGGCAAUAUUAACUCACCUGGUUACCCUGGAAACUACCCACCUAACCGGGACUGCUACUGGACAGUGACAGUGGAGCCCAGCUUGCUCAUUACCUUUGCAUUCGGGACUCUCGGUCUGGAGAAUCACCCUGACUGCAACCAUGACUUCCUAGAAAUCCGGGAUGGUCUUCUACCUGAAGACCCAGUUCUGGGGAAGUACUGUAGUACUGCAUCACCUGCCCCCCUGCAAACCACAGGUCCAACUGCAUGGGUCCACUUCCACUCUGACUUUAGUGUCUCUGACCGAGGCUUCCACAUUACAUACACAACAUCACCAAGUGACCCUGGUUGUGGUGGUACCUUCACCGACAGUGAGGGCAUCUUCAUCUCCCCCAACUGGCCCAACAACUAUGCCCACGACCGGCAGUGCAUCUAUUUGAUCAGGUUACCAGUGGGUGAGAAGGUGGCCCUCAACUUUACUCACAUGAAUCUGGAGAGUCACAACAGCUGCUCUUUUGACUAUGUGGAGGUCCAUGAUGGCAGAAUGGAGACUGAUCCUCUGAUAGGGAGGUACUGUGGGAACUCCCUGCCAGCUCCCAUUCACUCAUCCUCCAACUUCCUGUGGGUUCGUUUCAGGUCCGACAGCUCAGUCAGCCAGGCUGGUUUCAGGGCUGUCUACACCGUUGCUUGUGGAGGUAUUUUGUCGGGGACUGGGCAGUUACACUCUCCCUUCCACCCCAAUGCCUAUCCCCACAACAAGGUCUGUGAGUGGGUCGUUAACCAGCCAGAGGGCUAUGUGGUCACCCUUGACUUCCUGUCAUUUGACGUUGAGGGAGGCUCCUGCCAUUUUGACUUUGUUGAGGUCAGGGAUGGCUCCACGUCCAGCUCUCCUCUGCUGGGGACAUUUUGUGGUUUUGAGAUCCCCCCCAAGCUUCAGUCGACUCAGAGAUCUAUGUACAUCUACUUCAAGACCGACUCCUCUGUCAGGAACCACGGCUUUGAAGUCGCCUAUGGCUCUGCCUUGGAGGGUUGUGGGGAUACCCUGACCAUUCCUUCUGGCACUAUCACAAGCCCUGGCCACCCCACCAACUACCCCCAUGGGGCCAACUGUACCUGGUACAUCAGUGUUACCCCAGGCAACCUGGUUCGGCUGUCGUUUGAAUCCUUUAACCUGGAGUACCAUGUGAACUGUAACUUUGAUUACCUGGAGGUGUACGACAACGGCACUGUGCAGACCGGAACCAAGAUUGGCAGGUACUGUGGGCGUUCGGUGCCUCCAUCCAUCACCAGUACUGACAGCAUGCUGACCCUGCUGUUUGUGUCUGACUCAGGUUUAUCCUCAGAGGGAUUCUCUGCCAGCUUUGUCUCCCUAAAUGCCACCACAGAUCAGUGGUUCUUAACCUGGGGGUCGCUGCGGACUGUAGCUCAGGGGGUGUGGCGUGAGCGAACGAGCGAGGGGCGUGCCGUACAUGACGGUAACAGCAGCAGUGCUCCACAGCUGGCCAAGUUGUGUGGCAGUCAGCCACCCAGCACCAUCAGGUCUUCCAGCAAUCAGCUCUACAUCAAACUACGCACUGACAGCAGCGUCAGCGCCGGAGGCUUCCUCGCAUCAUACACCUCCAUGGAGGGAGGCUUCGGCGGACUACACUGUCGUCUUUUUUCCAUAUUUUUCCACCCGCGAUCUGUUAUCACGGCAGCAGGUUGUGGUGGGGAGCUCUCUGGACCCAGUGGCUCCUUCAACAGUCCAGACUAUCCCAACAGGUAUCCAGAAAACAGGGAGUGUAUCUGGUACAUCACCACAUCAGCUCGCAGCAGCGUCACCUUCACUAUCCAUGAGUUUGAUGUGGAGUUCCACCAAGACUGCAACUAUGAUGUGCUGGAAGUGUAUGGAGGCCCAAAUCUGUUGGCCCCUCAGCUGGCCAAGCUCUGCAGCACCACGUCCAGCCCAAUGCAUGUCUCCAGCACCGGCAACCUGCUCACGGUGCGCUUCAAGUCAGACGCCUACGUCAGUGGACGAGGUUUCAAUGCAAGCUGGGCUGAAGUUCAGGGAGGCUGUGGAGGCCCAGUCACAGCUCCAUCAGGGGAUAUCCAUUCUCCUUUGUAUCCCAGCAGCUAUCCCAACAAUGCGGACUGUUCCUGGGUCAUCAGUGUGGAUCCCAACCACCGUGUCUUCUUCAACUUUUCCAACCUGGACAUUGAAUACCAUAGCAACUGCUCCUGGGACUAUGUGGCUAUCUAUGAUGGUCCAACCAGAUCUUCUCCUCUGCUUGCACAUGUGUGUGGCACCAGUCUUCCUCCCUCCAUCACCUCCACCCAGAACACCAUCUAUGUUCGCUUUAGGUCCGACUCCAGUCGCAGCCACCGUGGCUUCAGCGCUCGCUUCUCUGAGGCUUGUGGUGCAACCAUCAUAACAGACAAUGUUGGUGGGGCCAUUGCAUCGCCAUGGUACCCACGACCAUACCCACCCAAUCAGAACUGUAGUUGGAUCAUUAGAGCACAGGAACCAUUCAUCCAUGUGAGCCUGUCCUUCACUGACUUUGAGUUAGAGAUGAUCGACUCCAACUGUUCCCAUGAUGCUGUGAGGAUCCUGGAUGGAGACAACUACCAGGCACCUGCCAUAGGGCGUUACUGUGGCUUGGAAAUGCCUCACCCAGCAACAUCCUUCAGUAACUCUUUGGUGGUCAACUUCAUCUCCGACCACUCCGUCUCCAGGAAAGGGUUCAGAGCCACCUACUCGGCAUCCACCUCCAGUUGUGGAGGAGAUCUGGUGAUGGAGAGUGGUGCAUUUAACAGUCCUAACUAUCCAGAUGCUUAUCCGCCUAAUGUGGAGUGUGUGUGGACCAUCAGAAGCUCACCAGGGAACCGUCUCCAGCUUUCAUUUAUUAUCUUUCACCUGCAGGGAGAUUCUGGCUGUCAAAAUGACUACGUGGAAAUCCGAGAGGGCAACUCCACUGGGCCGCUGGUUGGUCGUUUCUGUGGAAACUCGCUCCCCUCAAACUAUACAUCCGUGAUUGGCCACAUCUUGUGGGUUAAGUUUGUCUCCGACGCAUUGAAUAGCGGAGCAGGAUUCAGAGCCACCUUCUCACACUUAUAUGGUAAUGAUAUGGUGGGGGAGUUUGGUCAGAUAGCAUCCCCACUGUAUCCCAGAACAUACCCCAACAAUGCCCACUACCGCUGGACCAUAACUGUGGAGGGAGACAGAUACAUCCAGAUCCGCUUCUUGGACAUGGACAUAGAGGACCUGGAUGGCUGUUACUACGACCAGCUCAAAAUAUUCGAUGGCCCCAGUGUUCAUUACUACCCUAUUGGGUCUUUCUGUGGUCUGGCCCUGCCCCCUCCCCUAAGAAGCUCUGCAAGCACCGUCACCCUGCAGUUUCAGUCGGAUUUAGUGGUGGGAGGCCGAGGCUUCCUCGUAGAAUGGACGGCUGUCCAGGACUCAGGACCACCCACUAUCACACCAGGUGCAUGUGGUGGAGUGCUAAUGACAGAAGAGACUCCUGGCUUCCUCUAUUCUCCUGGCUGGCCUGAAAACUACCCUCCUAACCAGGAGUGUACCUGGUUGAUACGUUCUCCAGACUCGACUGUAGAGUUGAACCUCUUGUCUCUGGACAUGGAGGACUACCCCAACUGCUAUUUUGACAGCCUUGUCAUAAGAGACGGUGUGACCAGUCUUUCCCCUGUGCUGGCUAGUGUGUGUGGUCGAGAUCCUCCAGGUUCUCUCCACUCAACAGGAAAUUCCAUGUUUAUCCACUUCUCCUCAGACAGCAGCAUCAGUGGCCGAGGCUUUAACGCCUCCUACUCCAGAGGCUGUGGUGGCCUCUUGCAUGUCGACAGGGGUGUGCUGAGCAGUCCCCACUACCCCCAGAACUACCUGCCUGGUCUAAGCUGUGACUGGCAUGUGAUGGUGACGCCUGGCUUCAGGGUUUCUGUCACCUUCCAGAGCCACUUCCAGAUUCAAGGCUAUGGAUCUCGAUGCAGCUCUGGAGACUACCUGGAGCUCAGGAAUGGUCCGGAUGCUUCAUCUCCACUGCUCGGGGAACGUCUCUGUGGUUCGAGUAUGCCAUCCCUCCUCCAGACUACUGACAGCCACCUCUUUAUCCACUUUGUCUCUGAUGCCAGUAAUGAGGCCUGCGGUUUUAAGAUGACCUUUGAAGCCCACAGUCAGGCAUGUGGAGGCUUCAUAGAGCUGAAUGACAACGAUCCUCCCGGGUAUAUCACUUCACCUAAUUAUCCUCAGAACUACCCCCAGAACAUUGACUGUGUCUGGGUGGUAACUGUGCCUAACGGAGAAGCUGUCCAAAUUGACUUUCAGGAUGAAUUCUACAUUGAACCCUCUGGCAGCUUGCUAACCUUCGGCUACUUCAGCCUGGAACCCCACUCUGAAUGCCACUGGGACUCUGUCACCAUCUUUAAUGGAGGAUCCCCUGGCUCCCCUGUUAUUGGCCAGUACUGUGGGACCACCUCCCCAGGAACCAUCCAGUCAGGAUCCAGCAAGCUUGCUAUAGUCUUCCUGGCUGACCAUAGUGUGUCCAGUGGAGGCUUUAUGGCCUCCUGGGCUGCUGAUUCCUCAGGCUGUGGAGGGGUGAUCCAUGCUGAUUCAGGAACAAUCAAGUCUCCAAACUAUCCCCAGAACUUCCCAGCCAAUGUGGAGUGUUCCUGGCAGAUCAUUGCCCAUGAGGGAAACCACCUUGAGAUGAGCUUCAACAGUGAUUUCCAGAUUCCAGACAGUAGUGGGUCCUGCCAGAGCAGCUACAUCAAGGUAUGGUCAGGUCAGACCCAAAAUAUAGAGACUCUGCUGUCGACAAGCUGUGGCUCGAUGGCGCCAGGCCCCAUCAUUGCUCCAUACAACAUCAUCACCAGCCGAUUCCAGGGCACUGAAGCCCCUGGCAGAGGUUUCACAGCCUCCUUCAGCACCAGGUGCGGGGCAAUGUUCACAGCUGCCAGCGGUCGUGUGCUUUCUCCAAAUUAUCCAGCCAACUACCCUGACUACUCCAACUGCAACUACACCAUACAUGCUGGAGAACAGACCGUGGUUGUCAUCACCUUUCAGGUCUUCCAAGUAGAAGCACACUCCACCUGUCAGUAUGACGCGCUGAAGAUCUACAGCCUGGCUACUACUGGCCCUGCUAUUGCCACUCUGUGUGGUAUCAGCAUCCCAGGGCCCUUUUCCACCUUUGGCCCUAUGUUACUCCACUUCUACUCUGACUCUGUGAUCAGCGACAGAGGCUUCAUUGCAGAGUACAGAGCCAUUCCAUGUGGUGGUUUCUUCAACAACACUAUGGGUACAGUAAGCAGCCCAGCACUCUCCAUGACCAACUACCACCACAACAUCAACUGUACCUACCAUAUUGUGGUCUCAACAGACAGGGUGCUGGAUAUCAAGUUUAACACCUUUCAACUGGAAGCAUCUUCUUCCUGUCGCUAUGACUACGUGGAGGUGUAUGAUGGACAGGACACCUUGGCGCCUUUGCUGGGGAGAUUCUGUGGUGCAGCGCUCCCGCCCAAUCUGCGCUCCUCCACCAACCAGCUGUAUUUGGUCUUCAGGACAGAUGCCACAGUGAAUGGGAUUGGCUGGAGGGCUACUUACAGUGAGACGUUCGGUCCGGCACAGGGAUGUGGCGGCUACCUGUCCAUGCUCAUGGGCAUGUUUGGUUCUCCAGAUCCAAAUCUGGAUGGGCGCUAUGAACCCAGGAUGGACUGCCUGUGGACCAUUGAGAUGCCCGUCAGCAGGGUGAUCAAUCUGACCUUCAACUCCUUUGAGCUUGAGGCCUCCUCUACUUGCCGCUACGACUAUGUGAAAGUGUAUGAUGGCCACAACGUUAACUUCCCUCUGGUUGGGACAUUUUGUGGGAACUCCAUCCCUUCUUUUGUGUCAGGUGGAAACUUCCUGACUAUUCACUUUGUCACUGAUAGCUCAGUACAGAAACGAGGUUUCAACGCUACCUACAGAGCUGUGCCAUUGGUGUGCGGCGGAACUCUGAAUGCCACGAUCACCGUCCAGACCCAGACCUCACCCUUCUUCCCCAAUGCCUAUCCCCCUUACAUCUCCUGCCGCUGGAUCCUGGAUGCUCCGGCCCAGGAAACCAUUAAAGUGUCACUCCAGAUAUUUGUCGUCCAGCCCAGCCAGAGCUGCACCACAAACUACCUUGAGAUGAAGGACUGGCCGAUGGGAGACUAUGGGCAGUCCCACAGGUUCUGUGCAUCGGACGCUCAUCCACUAGACUUCUACAGCUACGGCAGAACCAUCCUCAUGUACUUCAAAUCCGACACCUUCAUGACAGGAAAUGGCCUGAGUUUCAGCUAUCAGACCGCCAGCUGUAGCAGAACCUAUGAACAGGAAUACGGCUACCUGAAGAGUCCAGGCUGGCCUGACACCUACCCCCACAACAUGGACUGCACCAUUAUCCUGAAGGCACCGCAGAAUAGCUACAUCUCCUUCUUCUUUAACAGUUUCGAUGUGGAGAGCCACAGCCACUGUGAAUUUGACUACCUGGAGAUCCGUAAUGGCAGUACAGCAGACUCACCUCUGAUCGAUAAGUUGUGUGGUAGCACGCUGCCCAGCCCCGUCUUCCCACAAUCAAACCUGCUCUACUUACGCUUCAAGAGUGACUUCUCCGCCACCCGAGAUGGCUUUGAGGCCACAUGGACGUCCUCUCCUCACGGUUGUGGUGGCAUUCUGUACGGAGACCAUGGCUCAUUCUCAAGUCCAAACUAUCCAGGCACCUAUUCCAACGGUACCCGCUGUGAAUGGGGCAUCCUGGCACCCAGAGGCCGCGUGGUGACAGUCACCUUUGCCCAGAUCAGUAUUGAUGACCCUGGAGAUUGCCAGAACAACUUCCUGAAGUUGUAUGAUGGGCCAGACACCUCCUCACUGCCUGCUGGACCUUACUGUGGAGUGGAAACCAACAUCGCUCCGUUCACAGCCUCCUCACAUCAAGUGUCCAUCGUUUUCCAAGCCCAGUACGCUACCCUGCCCUCAGGGUUCAGACUCACCUGGAGCAGCUGAAAGAAUGUCCUUCUACACACACACACACACACACACACACACACACACACACACAUUUAAAGGUAAACAUUUUUUAAUCAAACCACUGUAAAUCCACUCCGUGAUAAUAAAUAUGAUUCAACAAGAA